AACGAUUACUAUUAUUUUCCUUAUUAUUAUUAUUGUACAGAUAACAUUAUUAUUGUUAGAGAGUCAAAGGGCUAUCAGUCGGCGCGGGGACGGCGUGCGAGCGAGAUGAGCUGGACACUAAUAACCUCGCUCGUGGUUAUCACCUUGGGGUGUGCCGACGCGUAUAAUAUCGAGUCGCCGAACACACUGUGCUUUCCCGAGCACUUCUCGUUCGGGGUGGCUACAGCUGCCUACCAGAUAGAGGGAGCGUGGAAUGUAUCAGGAAAAGGCGAAAGUAUUUGGGACCGUUACACGCACGACAAGCCGGAGCGGAUCUUCAGCCGGCAGAACGGUGACGUCACCACUGACUCCUACCACCUGUACAAGGACGACGUCAGCAUGCUGGUGCAGCUCGGAGUGCAACACUACCGCUUCUCCAUCUCCUGGCCGAGGAUCCUGCCAUCUGGAUUAAGCAACGAAGUCAACGAAGACGGCAUCAGAUACUACCUGGAACUGCUGACGGAGCUGAACAAUCAUGGCAUCACCCCCAUCGUCACCAUGUACCACUGGGACCUGCCGCAAGCCCUGCAGGACCUGGGGGGGUGGACCAACCCCACCAUCGCUGACUACUUCGUGGAUUACGCACGAGUGUUAUUCGACAACUUCGGCAGCAGAGCGAAGACUUGGCUGACGUUUAACGAGCCGAUGUCCUUCUGUCACGACGGGUACGGAGGCAACGACGCGCCGGGCGCGCGCUCCAGCGGGUUCGAAGACUACAUGUGUGCACACCACGUGCUGCGCGCGCACGGCAUGGUCUACCGCAUGUACCGCGACGAGUACGCUGACAAAAUAGACUACGUCGGUAUAACGCUGGAUUUCUCGUGGCUCGAACCGGCCACCACGUCAGAGGAUGAUCAAAAAGCUGCAGAAAUUGCGAGGCAAUUUUACAUGGGAUGGUAUGCGCACCCUAUAUUCUCAAAAACAGGUGACUAUCCUCCAAUAAUGCGUGAAAGAGUGGACGCUAUAUCAAAACUUCAGCACUUUCCCCGCUCAAGAUUGCCAAGAUUCACACCAGAAGAGGUCAAAAUGAUACGAGGUUCUGCAGACUUCCUGGGCCUGAACCAUUACACAACAUACCUGAUAUCGAAGAACAAGGGGAAGAUAUCUCUGCUGCCGUCCUUUGAAGAGGAUAUGGGCGGGAUCAUCUCGCAGAAGAAAGAGUGGCCAAAGUCCAACUCCACUUGGUUAAAAGUGGUCCCCUGGGGCUUUAGAAAAUCCCUCAAUUGGGUCAGGCUGGAGUACGACAACCCCAAAGUGUUUAUAACUGAGAACGGGAUGUCGUUGGAGAGGGGGCUGAAGGACAGUCGGCGCAUCAACUACUUGGACGGGUACCUCAAGUCGUUGUUGAUGGCGAUGGCUAAAGACAAGUGUCGAGUGUACGGAUACACGUAUUGGAGUUUGUUAGACAACUUUGAAUGGACCAGAGGAUUUUCAGAGCGUUUUGGUCUCUACGACGUGGACUACGAGUCUCCGAACAAGACCCGCACGCCGAGGUCCUCUGCGCACUACUUCAAGGAACUGGCACAAACCCGCUGCAUACCUGCAUGGAAUUAUACGACCUAGUUCUAUGAACAUAAGGCUUAAUCUCCUGUAUGACUGGUCGCUUUUCAAGGUGUAGAACUAGAAGAAUAAUGUUAGAAUCUUUAAAAGAAAAAGAUCUACUUUGAGGGGAAAUUGUAGAAUAAUUAUUAUUAAUAAAACUAUUAGUUAAAAUAUGUUCUCAUAAAAUAAGUAAAUACAAUACCAAAGAUA